GUCUCUCUCUCUGUCUUUCAGUGCUCCAUCCUGGCUAGGAAUGAGCUCUGUGGGAACAUUGGGCAUCAGAGCUACUGUCAAUCAGAUAGCUUCUGUAGCUGUCACACAUAUUUGUACAUUUACACAUUUGGUAUACCUAGUUUUUUACUGGAAUUGUGCAUAUUUAUACUUUCCCUGUCCCUUUAUUAGCAGUUUUGACCUUUUUAAUAUAGUAGAAUUUCUGGCCAGAGCCUGAAUAAACUAGGGCCAUAGUAGUAUGGCAAGUCUUAUCAGAUUGUGGAUUUAGACUGAAUCAUGUCUGUUUACACAAUCAAGGCUUACCAGGCAGGUUCCCAGUCUCUGUCUUGCAUUGGAAUGGCAUAUAACAUUAUUAGUCAAAAGUUUCUAGCAUGACAUUGAGACAAUUGUAUAAAAUAUUUGAGAUGGUUUACCAAACCGUUUCAUUUCCACUUACUUGGCUAACUCCCACAUUUCAGUCUCCUAUUCCGUCUGUGUGGGUUCAUGUGUAUAUCGCCCUCUGGUGGCCACAGUAGACAACAGCAGUGGUGAAAUUAGUUGAGAGGAGCAGAGUGGCUCUGCUUCCCAAAUGUCUGUGUGGUAUCAGUGUGGUAUUGUGAGUGAUGCAACACAAACCUAUUCCUGGUAUCUUCCUGUGACACACACAAUAAACAAAGACAAUAUUUUGUAAUGCACACAGCCCACUCCCUCCCUAGCCCUGACCCUACCCUAGCCCUGACUAUGGCUGCAGUGAUACAUACAGCCAGCUCGCUCCACCCUUAUCCCUGUCCUCAAUCACUGAACAGACUGCACCCUAUGAGUCAGUCGGCCACCAACACUCAGCCACACACACAUGCAUGUAUACACACAAACACACACGCUCCAUCAUCACACCAACCACUGGCAGGCCUUCCAGGCAGCCACAUAGGAAAUUAUGUGGGUGAGCAGAGGCAGAGAUAACAACAGACACAGUAGAAGAAGACACAGUAGGGACACAGCAGUGACAACAACAACAGCAGCAACCUCACAGCAGCCUGACAAAAUACUUUGCAACAUGGCCAAUGCCCUGGCCAAUGCGAUGUGUGAGCGCUGUAAGAGUGGCUUUGCCCCGGCGGAGAAGAUCGUCAAUAGCAACGGGGAGCUGUACCAUGAGGGAUGCUUCGUCUGUGCUCAGUGCUUCCAACAGUUCCCCGAAGGUCUCUUCUAUGAGUUUGAGGGCAGGAAGUACUGCGAGCACGACUUCCAGAUGUUGUUUGCUCCCUGCUGUCACCAAUGUGGGGAGUUUAUCAUUGGUCGUGUGAUCAAGGCGAUGAACAACAGUUGGCACCCUGACUGUUUCUGCUGUGACCUCUGCCAGGCCGUGCUGGCUGACGUGGGCUUCGUCAAGAACGCCGGCAGACACCUGUGUCGCCCGUGUCAUAACCGUGAGAAGGCCCGUGGUCUGGGGAAGUACAUCUGUCAGAAGUGCCACGCCAUCAUCGAGGAGCAGCCGCUGCUGUUCAAGAACGACCCCUACCACCCCGACCACUUCAACUGCAACAACUGCGGUAAGGAGCUGACUGCUGAUGCCAGGGAGCUGAAGGGAGAGCUGUACUGCCUGCCCUGCCAUGACAAGAUGGGUGUUCCCAUCUGUGGUGCUUGCAGGAGACCCAUCGAGGGCCGCGUGGUCAAUGCCAUGGGCAAGCAGUGGCACGUCGAGCAUUUUGUGUGUGCUAAGUGUGAGAAACCCUUCCUGGGCCAUCGCCACUACGAACGCAAAGGACUGGCCUACUGUGAGACUCACUACAACCAGCUCUUUGGAGAUGUCUGCUACCACUGCAACCGUGUCAUUGAGGGUGAUGUGGUGUCAGCCCUGAACAAGGCAUGGUGUGUCAACUGCUUCGCCUGCUCCACCUGCAACACCAAGCUCACCCUAAAGGAUAAGUUUGUAGAGGUGGAUCUGAAGCCUGUGUGUAAACACUGCUACGAGCGCCUGCCGGACGACAUGAAGCGCCGUCUUGCCAAACAAGAAAAAGAAAAGAAGAAGAAAAUGCCCAUGUGUCUGUAAACCCUUGCCCUUCCUUUCUCCUCACUUCCACUUUCCAUUCAUUGGAACAAGUUUGUGGAGUUUGACAUGAAGCCGGUGUGUAAGAAGUGUUACGAGAAGUUUCCUCUGGAACUUAAGAAGAGGCUGAAGAAGCUGGCGGAGACAGUGGGCCGGAAGUAGACACAGACAGACGGAGACAGACUGACGGAGACAGACUGACGGAGACAGACUGACGGAGACAGACUGACGGAGACAGACCGACCGAGACAGACCGACCGAGACAGACCGACCGAGACAGACCGACCGAGACAGACCGACCGAGACAGACCGACCGAGACAGACCGACCGAGACAGACAGACCGGAAGCCUAUAGUCACUAGAUGGCCAUGCUGGAAUGGACAAAAGUGAUAUCAUCAGAAUGUUUGAGCAACCACAUGAGCUAUUUGUUCUUGGUGUAAGGUUAGGGACUAGGGUUAAGGUUAUGUUGUUGAUAAAUUACAUUUGCAGUUUCCUUCAAUCUUUUCAUGCUUGGCCAAAUAGUGACAACCCAUGAGCAGAGAGACCGACAGUACACAAAGAAGAGUCCUCGCCAAAUCAGUGCCUUUGUCUAAAGACAUAUUCAUAUUAUAUUCAUAUUUAUCCUUGAUGCUAACUAAUAUCAUAUAUUUAAUAGUUAUUUUAGCUUAAAAUUUCACUUCAAAACCCAACUUGUUUAUUUAAGUAUGCAUCAGUGUCCUGGUAUUUCAUCAUAAGAAUAAAGAGUAUUAAUAAGGUUGUUACUGCCAGUGUGCUGGUCUGUUUCUGCCUUAGCCAACUACUUUAUCAUUGUCAUGCCAAACAAGUGGAAACAGACAGACACCUGGGCUAUGUUACUGAUGCUACUCUCAAUCACAUUACUGUGCAGCAGAACUGGGUUGAAUAUAGAGUACCAGUCAAAAGUUUGGACACACCUACUCAUUCCAUGGUUUUUCUUCAUUUUUACUAUUUUCUACAUUGUAGAAUAAUAGUAAAGACAUCAACUCUGAAAUAACACAUGGAAUCAUGUAGUAACCAAAAAAGUAUAUUUGAGAUUCUUCAAAGUAGCCACCCUUUGCCCUGAUGGCAGCUUUGCACACUCUUGGCAUUCUCUCAACCAGCUUCAUCAGGAAUGCUUUUCCAACAGUCUUAAAGGAGUUGCAUGGUAAAUUGGAACGUUUGGAAUUGUGCCAAAAGUGCAAAUUCUUGGCACCCUGCAUACCGGUAAGCUAAAUCAAGAACAUGUCAAGUAUUUGAAGGUAUCUAAUGUAUGUACAGUGCUAUUUGAGCCAGAUCUGCUAGGCAGCUUCUUGAGCGAGAGAGUAGCCUCCAUCCCAGCAGUUGAGGUCAUAUAGAGAAGUCAGAUUCGUACCAGAGGUUUGUGUACAUUUUUCAGGAUGUAUUGAAAUAUUAUCCAAAGAUAGUACUGAAUAAGGUGACACGUGUAUGCAUAUCUCAUAUAGAGCUUUUUGUGUGUCCACAACAUUGUGUGUGGUGUUAUAUUCUGUUCAUAUUAUUUCACAAUUGUUACAUUUCCUUUGUGCUUUUAUCACACAGACAGUAAAAAUGGAAGACGUUAUGUCACUGAAGGGUGUUUUGUAAACUUGGAUAACAGAUGUUUGUAUGUUUUUGACAGUAUUUUCAGAAUAAACAUAACCCACUUUUAUCAACAGUAAUGGAAUGAAAUAAUAUCUGGAAAUACUUUUGUCCAUUCUUUACAUGUCAUGCAUUACAUUGUCUUUUAAAAGGGGGAUAAACAUAACAGAUACAAACAAUUCCAUUGAUUUAGGAUCAGCUUGUAACUGCAAUGUUAAUUUUUCCUUUUACUUUAGAUGAAAGUGCAUGUAUGAGUACUGUAAGAUGUGUGAAUGUGUGUUUUUCCUAGGUGUAAGCUCAGCUAUCCUCUUAUGGCAGUGUGACUUCUAUCUAGAUGCUCAUAGGAAGUAGAGAACUGCCGGUUACAGAGAAACACAUUCUAUCCCUGUAGAAAACAUGAAUUUAGUUGAGUUCUAGUUUUCCGCUGUGUUAAACUUUACUUGGAAGAAAUGUGUUUUGCAUAGUGAUACAAUUCCACAUUCCACUGCUAAAUGGGAAUUUUAAAACCCUAUGUUUUUCCUCUGUCGUACUACAAUAUAAUAUGCUAUGCUAUAUUCAAAGCCUUGAUUAGUGUUCACCUUAUGCUUCUUACUUUAAUUUUAGUUUGUUUCUAGAUGUCAUCAUAUUCAACUUAUUGACUUCUGAAUAAUAAAAAAUCCUGCUACAUG